CGUCCCUCCCGCCCCGGCUCCCGCCCGCCGCCUUCGGGACCGCAGCCACGUCUGAAAGCGCCUCAUUGUGUGCGCUCUUCUCCCGCCCGCAGCGCGGAGCAGCGGCACCCACAGCGCAGAGCUCGCGCGCAAGGGCGCGGGGACUCAGGGGCGCGGCGCCUGGCCCGGGUGGGGCUCCGGGACAAGGGUGCCCGAGUGUGUGUCUGGCCGUUGCCCCGCGACUGCCCCCACACACAUACAUCCCGUUCUUAAGACGCCUCUCCUUUUCCAGGACACUCCUGCCCUGUUUCCAGGUUCCCUUCGCCUUAGGUCUCCAGCUGCCUCCAAUAUCUGGGUCUCUGCUGGUCUGUGCCCAUGCCUCUCAGAGCCUUCUCCCCGGUGCCACCGGGUGCCCCUAACUAGCCUGGGGGGCUUACGGAGCACGGCAGCCCCUGCGGACUCUCCCAGUAAAGACGCGGCCGGCUGCGGACUGGAACUUGCAAGAGGAGAAGUCUGAGAGCCUCUGCGGAGCCUUGGGACAGUGGUGUCCGCCUCCCCGCCGCGCCAGCUCGGGCAGCGACGCCAGCUUUGGGGCCCUGAAAAACCUGCAGGCAUCUUCCAUGGAUUGUGAUUAAGGUGGGCAGCUCUCCCAGCAGCCCAGGACUACAGCCCCAGCUGGAGGCAUGUGGCUGCCGCGCAUCUCCAGCACGGCGGUGACCGUGCUCCUGCUGGCGCAGACUGGCAUCCUGCUUUUCCUGGUCUCCUGGCCCAGGCCGCCGUCCCCAGCCGGCGGCAAAGAGCGGGUGCACCUGCUGGUGCUGUCCUCAUGGCGCUCGGGCUCGUCCUUCGUGGGCCAGCUCUUCAGCCAGCACCCCGAUGUCUUCUACCUGAUGGAGCCCGGGUGGCACGUGUGGACCACCCUGUCGCAGGGGAGCGCGCCGGCGCUGCACAUGGCCGUGCGCGACGUGGUGCGCUCCGUCUUCCUGUGUGACAUGGACGUGUUCGACGCCUACCUGCCGUGGCGCCGCAACCUGUCCGACCUCUUCCAGUACGCGGUGAGCCGCGCGCUGUGCUCGCCGCCCGCCUGCAGCGCCUUCCCGCGCGGCGCUAUCAGCAGCGAGGCGGUGUGCAAGCCGCUGUGCGCGCGGCAGCCCUUCCGCCUGGCUCAGGAGGCCUGCCGCUCCUACAGCCACGUGGUACUCAAGGAGGUGCGCUUCUUCAACCUGCAGGUGCUCUACCAGCUGCUGAACGACCCCGCGCUCAACCUGCGCAUCGUGCACCUGGUGCGCGACCCGCGAGCCGUGCUGAGGUCGCGCGAGCAGACGGCCAAGGCGCUGGCGCGCGACAACGGCAUCGUGCUGGGCACCAAUGGCACGUGGGUGGAGGCCGACCCCGGCCUGCGCGUGGUGCGCGAGGUGUGCCGCAGCCACGUGCGCAUCGCGGAGGCCGCCACGCAGAAGCCGCCGCCCUUCCUGCGGGGCCGCUACCGCCUGGUGCGUUUUGAGGAUCUGGCGCGGGCGCCGCUGCCCGAGAUCCGCGCGCUCUACGCCUUUGCGGGCCUGAGCCUCACGCCGCAGCUCGAGGCCUGGAUCCACAACAUCACGCACGGGUCCGGGCCCGGCGCGCGCCGCGAGGCCUUCAAGACCUCGUCCAGGAACGCGGUCAAUGUCUCCCAGGCCUGGCGCCACGCACUGCCCUUCGCCAAGAUCCGCCGCGUGCAGGAGCUGUGUGCCGGUGCGCUGCAGCUGCUGGGCUACCGGCCGGUCUUCUCCGAGAGCGAGCAGCGCAACCUCGCCCUGGACCUGGUGCUGCCGCGCGGCCCUAGCAGCUUCAGCUGGGCGUCAUCCACUGCUGCGCACCCUUAACCUUAGCGGAGGCCCCCAGUUGUGGCGCUGGGGAGGGAGCCGGGCACACGGGGCGCAGGCCUCUAUUGGAGGGGCCAGGAGUUUGGAAGUCGUCCUCUGUAGGAUGAAUGGACUGAGUCCCUAAAGCGCCAUGUUUCUUCUUGCUUCUGAAUUUUCUUUUGAGUCCUUCUUAGCAGCUGGGUUCCCGUCAGGCGCACACCUCAAGGAAAGGAAAACUGUGUCCACACUUCCUCUGGGCACAGGGAAUAAGCUCCUCACCCGCUUUCUUCCGAAGUCUCCUUUCAUUUUGGGCGCAUCAUCCAGCAGCUGAGAAGGGGGUCCCAGCCCUUCCUGGGAGUAGAGAGGCACUGUGGUGAGCUGGCCCCUGAAGUCUCUACACCCCCACCAACACACACACCCAACUUCAUUCCCCACCCCCCAUGGCCCACCACCACACUAUCAGAGCUGUUGGCGUUUAUAUUCACUAGUUUCUUUCAGAAAGAAAUCAGACAAGAUGCCUCUUAUCUUGUGGUCUCCUUGUAGCCAUUCUGUGCCCCAUCUCCUGGGGGCCCACAUAUCCCCACCCCCUGCACAGUUACCUGGGGUGAACGUUUGAUUUGUCCUGACAGUAACAUCCUACCCUGAGAAAUAGACAUAAUAAUUAAUCUUGUAAUACUAGAGUUUACAGUCUAAAGUUUGACAAGCAAAAUGCAAAGCUGAAGGGACAAUGAGGAGGACGGGGGGGGUUGUUUUGCUCUGAGGUUACAGUUGGAAGGAGAGGGUGAAUCAGGCUUGCAGAGACCCAUCUCCUUCAUGAAGGAUGGUCAGAUUUUCCCAUCUGUUUGCACAAGGGAAGAGCAAGCAGUGGUGGCUGGGGCUGCAGCUGCAGGAUACAGGAGAUGAUGAGAUAUUUGGGCCCAGAGUGCAGAACCUUAGAGAAUCUCCUGGAUAACCCUGGAGGGAGGCAGUGAGGGGGAAAGGUAGAGUGAGAAAGGAAGAAGGAGGGGAGGAGCAGAGAGAUACUGGCCUUGGAGCUGAAGCUUCAGGACACCUCACUUGAGGAUUGGUCAAGCUGUAGAAGGUUUAGGCCUCAUAAAACCUGAGCCUGCCCCUUCACAGUAGUGUGGGGAAGGUAUUUAAAUCCCUGAAUUUAUUGGAGCUCCUGGGCAGCUCAGUAGGUUAAGCACCUGACUUUGGCUCAGGUCAUGAUCUCAGGGUCCUGGGAUCCGAGCCCUGUAUUGGGGCUUCCAGCUCAGUGGGGAGUCUGCUUCUCCCUCUGCCCCUCCCCCUGCUCGUGCUCUCUCUCAAAUAAAUGAAUAAAAUCUUUAAUAAAUAGGUAAAUAAUAAAAAACCCCUGAGUUUAUCAAUAGGGACUCUGCAACUUAGAAAGGCUCAGGUCACAUAGCUUAAUAUAUGGGAAAGACCUCAAACUCACAUCUCUGACUUCAGUGCUUAGGGUUCUAAAACUGAACUGGGGAUGAAGUAAAGGACCCCACUACAGGCUUGGAAAGCCAGAUCAUUUCCCCCCAGUAAUGACAGGGCUUUUUAGGUGCUAGGGAGCGAGCCACCCUGGCAUUUGGCUGCAAACGUCUCAAGGACCAGAAUGUUGAAGGGUAUGGUAUGCAGUGGGCUGGGGCACUGGGGCCCCUGCUGUUGACCCCUUUUCUCCCUGCCUGCCCCUCCCUGUGCUGGCCACUGGGGUUAACAGUAGCCUGCUGGCCUGCCUGGAAGGAGUGCAUUGUCGAGUGGAGGAGUCAGCCUAGGGAUGGUCCUGGACAAUGUGGUAUGUUCAGGCAAAGAGGGAUAAGCAAGAGGUUCAUGGUGCCAGAGGCCAAGAAUAGGGAGAUACUGAUCCCUUGUGGGGUCCAGGAAGGCUGAGCCGGAUAGUGGCAUCACACAAGUUUCAUUUGCCCCUGCUCCAGUCGCAAAUUGUAUUGAUGGCCACGAUUAAUUGUCUUUGCUCUGUGAUUCAUCCAUUCUGGUUGGACACCUGAGGUCCCAGAAAGGGGAUGACAGGCUCCCAGACUUCACGUCCUGUAUACAGUGGACUCUGGGCGCGCCUCUGGGUGAGGUUCCUGGCAUGUCUAGUUCUAAGCAAGCCUAGGUGUGAACCCAGAUCAGGUUUCAGGACAUUGACAGGCAGUGCCCAGUUGAGUGCUUCAAUGUGUCAGGCCAGUUCAGACCCUGGGGACAUACUGGGGGACAGAGCAGUCACAGACCUUGCUCUUGUGGGGAGUGCAGACCCAAAAUAAGUAGUCCCACAGAUAAACAUGCAAAUGUAAAUGUCGGUUGUGCUCUAUGAAGAAACAAUCAGAAUGGGGAGAGGAUGACCUCCUUUAGUAUGGGGAGUCAGGAGGACCUCUUUGGAGAGGAAGCAUUGAUUUGAAUACA